UGUUCGGCGUAUCUUGGAAACGGCGUGACGUUUCGUGCGAUGACAAGCGAAGGGAAAGGCGAUCAGCCGACACCGGUAUGCGGCGCAAGGUCGGUAAAGAGGGGGUUUGAACCGAAGCUGGAGAAAACUCUUUUCAACUGAGCCAAAUACAAGAUAUUCUAACUUGGACAAUGGCCGUUUCGGCGAGCCGCCGGUUACCAGCGGCAGUAAGGACAUUUGGCGAGGUCGCUGCCAUGGGCUCGAGCCGGCCCUGCGCGGCGUUGCCCAGACCUCGGCAUCCAAUCAGAUACCUGUCAUCUUGUGGCAUUUUAAUGACAAGGACCCACAGAUUGCUUUGCUGCUUAGAUCUGGAAGCAACACCUUCUCCACACUGCAGGACUUUCCUCAGUCUACCCAAUAAGAGAAAGGAAUACUCAGAGCGUAGAAUACUAGGGUACUCGAUGCAGGAGAUGUACGAUGUGGUGUCCAAUGUGGAUGACUACAAGCUGUUUGUGCCGUGGUGCAAGAAGUCCCAGACCAUCAUGAAGAGGACUGGGCAUGCUAAGGCCCAGCUGGAGGUUGGCUUUGCUCCAGUUGUGGAAAGAUACACAUCCAUGAUCACCAAUGUGCGACCUCACCUAGUCAAGGCUGUUUGUACAGAUGGGAAACUCUUCAACCAUCUAGAAACGAUAUGGCGCUUCAGCCCUGGAAUCCCUGGUUACCCCCGGACCUGCACAGUGGAUUUCUCUAUAUCCUUCGAAUUUCGCUCCUUGCUGCACUCCCAGCUGGCUACGGUCUUCUUCGACGAAGUGGUGAAGCAGAUGGUGGCCGCGUUCGAGCGCCGCGCCUACAAGCUGUACGGCCCAGAGACCCGAAUCCCACGGGAGCUUAUGUUCCAUGAGGUGCACCAGACGUGAGCCUGGCUGUGGCACCUGUGUGUGCCUGUGUGUGUGUGCGCGCGCAUGUCCUUCUGCUCCUUUGUAUUUCCGCAUCACAGUGAAUGAUAUGCACAUUGUCCUGGAACGUUAUACGGGACUGAUAAAACACAGGCUCACCCCCUGGGUGUUUACCACCAUUCCCUUUACACAGUUUCUAUUCAGUUGGUGUCUCCAUGGCAACAUUGUAAGGAACUCAGUUUUUUUUUUUUAUUGCAUUGGCUGCCAAUAGAAUCCAUCCACGCCUUGUUUAGAGCUUCCUCUACUUAAGUUUGUCCUGCAAGGUCCAUUCAUUUAGAUGGAUACAUGUGUUGGUUUUGGCUUCCUGUUUUGCCAGUGAAUUUUGAUUUCACCAGUCCUGUCCAGUCUGUCACCUCCAUUGUAUGCGGCAGCUUUUUAAAAAAAAAAAAAAAAAAAAAAAUUGUGAUUUUAUUUUUUCCAUCCACAUAUUUCACCUGUAUUUAUUGGAAUAGAAAGGAACAAACAAUCCUGACUAUUGUUUUUAUUUAUUUGUCUAGUGUUUGACUUAGGAAGUUGAGAGGGACUCUUUUCUAAGCCCCGAAGUUGCUCAGUGUGUCCAGAUGUCCCUAAACACAAGCACCUAUUGAAAGAAAUAGGAAAUAAAAAUGUUAGUACAGUAACCAACCCCCCCCCCCCAUUUAUAGGCCUUUCCAAUAGAAGUACCUGUCGUUCCACUUGGCAUGCAGCUAAUAAAUUCCGUGGUUAACUGGUGUCCUAUAAAGUCCCUCAGCAAAGUUUUAACAGGAAGUACUCCAGUGUUUGCUAUAAUUUAUGUAAGGGCUGUAGGUCACCCUGGGCAGGAGAUGAUAGAGGUGAAGUGGAAUGCAUUAUUUACCCCCCCCCCUUUACUCUAGCCAGUUUGAAGGCAAAUGAUUUUUUUAAGACACAGCAGAGAAAUUCAGUUUUGUCAGUCUGUGGAUAGAUCGUCUUGCUUUCUUACUACUGUGGCGUACUGGACAUGCAGCAGGCCUCAUGCAGCAGGCCUCAUGCAGCAGGCCUCAUGCAGCAGGCCUCAUGCAGCAGGCCUCAUGCAGCAGGCCUCAUGCAGCAGGCCUCAUGCAGCAGGCCUCAUGCAGCAGGCCUCAUGCAGCAGUUAACAGAACAGGGAGAGAGUCCAUCUUUUCAUUGGACUAAUUUGCAUCCGGUUGGAUGUAUCAGACCAGCUUUGUUUUUGAAUUCAGCCUAGGGUUUUGUAAAAUUCCCUUCAGUAGGAAAGGGAUUAGGAUGCAGAGCAACAGCGAGUAGUCAGGGCAAUUUAAUCAUCACGGUUAUUACAUGGAAGAUGUACUUGUGUGAAUGGGAAUAUUUCCUACAGUAAUUCAUCCAAUAUCCUGGAAAUGUACUGUUAUAAAGGAAGAGACUCUAUAUAUGUAUAUUAUAUAUGCAACAACGUCCAUAUAGGGUUGUAAGUUACUGAUAUACAAUAUUAAAAAUACAAAGGAAAAUAUGUUUUUAGUGUAGAAACAAUGUAAAGUAAUUUGAAAUACAUUUUCAUAUUGUAAUGAAAUAAGCCUGAAUAUUACUAGACUGUUAUAAAACUACAAUUAUAAAUUUGAAUUGUAAUUCCAUACAGAACUAUGCUAAAGUGUUAAGCAGCUAUAGAGGAUGCCUAAGACAAUUUCUCAGGGUGUUUAUAUUUGCUAAGAAAAAAACACCAUAUUACAUUACAACUUUUGCAAAUUAACUGUAACAGUACAAAAAUUAAUCAAGAAUUCCUUCUGUUCUCCAAAAAUUCAGUUGUAUCUUGUUGGGCGGCUAGAUGAGCAUCACUUUGCUUCUCAAAUCUCUUUUCAGGGGCACCUCAGCCAUUCCGUAUAUUUGUUAGAUGUCACCACCAGUUCAAAUAAUUAACAUAAUUAGUUAAAUGGCAGCAUGGUGGUGCAGUGGUUAGCACUGUUGCCUCACACCUCUGGGACCCGGGUUCGAGUCUCCGCCUGGGUCACAUGUGUGCGGAGUUUGCAUGUUCUCCCCAUGUCGUCGUGGGGUUUCCUCCGGGUACUCCGGUUUCCCCCCACAGUCCAAAGACAUGCUGAGGCUAAUUGGAGUUACUAAAUUGCCCGUAGGAGUGAAUGGUGUGUGAGUGUGCCCUGUGAUGGACUGCCCCCCCCAUCUUGGGUUGUUCCCUGCCUUGUGUCUAUAGCUUCCGGGAUAGGCUCCGGACCCCCCGCAACCCAGAAGGAUAAGUGGUUUGGAAAAUGGAUGGAUAGUUAAAUGGCUCAGUGAGAUAUUAAUUAGGCAAACAAGGUGGUGUAACGGUCAAAAAAUAGACUGAUACAUUGGACAGUUGUAGUAAAUCCUGGGGUGACCUUAGGAGAGGUUUAGGAAUGGUUAAUACACUCUGACAAACAUCAGUUUUACACAGAAUUUGCAAAAUUCUGUAUUUGAUAAAUUUAUAUUAUAAAAAUUGGCAAGGUCAUUUAACCAGUUAACAGAUACAAUUACUUAGUGUGAAUAAGCAAACAAGCACAUUAGGAAUUUACAGCUUCCUUUAACAGGAAGUAAUCUAUGACCAUAAGGAGACAGCAUUUGGUAAUGAGGGCCACCCUGCAGCUGCAGUGACUGCCUCGCAGUGAAGGACAAUGAGACCACAACCAUGUUCUACAUUUCUUCUGUCGUAGAUUCACUUAGAAUGGAGCCUCUGUUUCAUCCAACAGUUUCUCUCCUGAUCUUUAUCUUUAAUUUUGGUUAUGGUGCUAUUUAUAUUUAUGGAGUAGACUUCCUAUUGUAUUCAGUUUAAAGAACAUCUUUUUGAUUGUAGUCUCAGGGUUUUAAAGUGAAAUGUGGGACAAACAAAAUGUGUCGCUAUAUUCUGUAAAUGUUACACAAUGAUGUGCAGGACUGACACGGAUAUUGCCGAUUUAUUUGUAUCCCAGUGUAAAAGACCUGCGAUGAUUCUGCUUUAUUUUGGUAAAUAAAAAUCACAUGAACGUGAACAAACAAAAGGAAACGUGCUGUCAGAUGCCGUCUCGCGUGUCACACACCCCCC